AUGUCGUGCGUAUACAUGUUGUGCGUAUAGUCCGGGGAAGAUGCCCGUCGUCGUCGAAGUGAGUGGGAAAGAGAACAUCGUGCCCGUGAGACUCCUGAGCAGAGAGGCUCGUCUGUAUCAGCGUCGCUUUCGUGAUGGGGAAGGCGCAAAUUUUUACACGCUGGUGACGCUGCCUAGCUGUCAUCGAUGCAAAAAUAUAGCCAACCAAAGAACUCUCGUCAUUUGCUGGCAUUCGCUGCGCUCUUCGAUACCUGACCGAGGCUGUCUAUACCUCCUUCCAAUCUUCGUGAUUCUAAGGUCUAAGGAAACACAUAACCACCUUAUCAGACUUUUCCCAAAGAAGGAAACUAGAAGUCAACACAGAAAAAACCAAAAUAUGUGUCUUUGGUGGGGAUAGAAAUUCUAACGUAUUUUCACUGAACAAUCAUAUCCUGGAAAAAGUGCAGUCUGGUUUGCAAAAAAUGGAAAGUUUCAUGUGGCCAAAAAGCACCUAGCCAAUCAGGCAAACAAAGGAAUGUUUUCAUUAUUGACAAUACUAAAACAUUUAGACAACCCCCCAUCCCAGUUAUACUACAGCUCUAUGAAACAAUGUUGAAGCC